CCCCUAGCAACCCUCCCGCGACGGAGACCCGUCCCUUUAAGGGGAGCCUGAGCCCCGGCGGUCUUCGUUUCGCGCGCCCGCCCGCGGCGCCGGCGGAGCGAACAUGGCCCAGGUCGCGCGGGCGCUGUGGCCGGUCCCGCACGCUCUGGCCUGGAGGCUGGGCGGUCGCCUCCAGUCGGCACUCCCCGCGCAGAGCCGGGCCGGCUUCGCAGGAGCGGCAGGAGGCCCGGGUCCCGCUGCUACGGCCCGCAAGGGGAGCCCGCGGCUGCUGGGGGCGGCGGCGCUGGCCCUGGGGGGCGUCCUGGGGCUGUACCACACGGCGCGGUGGCACCUGCGCGCCCAGGACCUCCGCGCAGAGCGCUCUGCCGCGCAGCUCUCCCUGUCCAGCCGCCUGCAGCUGACCCUGUACCAGUACAAAACGUGUCCCUUCUGCAGCAAGGUCCGCGCCUUCCUCGACUUCCAUGCCCUGCCCUACCAGGUGGUGGAAGUGAACCCCGUGCGCAGGGCCGAGAUCAAGUUCUCCUCCUACAGGAAGGUGCCCAUCCUGCUGGCCCAGGAAGGAGAGAGCUUGCAACAACUGAACGAUUCCUCUGUCAUCAUCAGCGCCCUCAAGACCUAUCUGGUGUCGGGGCAGCCCCUGGAAGACAUCAUCACCUACUAUCCACCCAUGAAGGCUGUGAACGACCAGGGCAAGGAGGUGACCGAAUUCUGCAACAAGUAUUGGCUCAUGCUAGAUGAGAAGGAGGCCCAGCGAAUGUAUGGCGGGAAGGAGGCGAGGACGGAGGAGAUGAAGUGGCGGCAGUGGGCAGAUGACUGGCUGGUGCACCUGAUCUCCCCCAACGUGUACCGCACUCCUGCUGAGGCCCUGGCCUCCUUCGACUACAUUGUCAGGGAGGGCAAGUUCGGGACAGUGGAGGGUGCCGUGGCCAAGUACAUGGGUGCAGCUGCCAUGUACCUCAUCAGCAAGAGGCUUAAGAGCAGGCACCACCUCCAGGAUGAUGUUCGUGAAGACCUCUAUGAGGCUGCCAACAAGUGGGUGGCAGCCGUGGGCAAAGACCGGCCCUUCAUGGGGGGCCAGCAGCCAAAUCUGGCUGAUCUGGCAGUAUACGGCGUGCUGCGCGUGAUGGAGGGCCUGGAGGCUUUUGACGACCUGAUGCGUCACACCCACAUCCAGCCCUGGUACCUGCGGGUAGAGAAAGCCAUUGCUGAGGUCCCCCAGUGACCUGAGUGUCCCAGGAGGGGUGCGAGACAGCGGAAGACACCAGCUGCCAAGACCAGGACCAUGGGGUCAGCACCUGGUGAUGCUGUGCAGUGGGGGACAGGAUCGUUCUGCAUCUUGCCCCCCCCCCCCCAGCCCCAACGUUCUAGCAUUGGAUGCCUGCUGAGGCCGUGGGACGCUGGGGGACAAAACCCAGGUUUGAUUUCUGUUUGUAGUCCCCCUGAGGGGCACCCCAGCCCCAAGGAGCCAGCCCACCCCUGCCUCCCGUCCUGGGCCUCCCUACUUUCAGCCAUUCUCGGGGGCUCUCAGUGGCUGCUGUGUCCACACCUUGUGGGUGGGGAUUGGGUCGGGCUCCUGCCCUGGAUGGGGGAAGUGGGAAUAGUCCGGUUCGCAGAGGAUUUCAUCCCUGGCUCCUCUUGGCUCCUGCCCUUCCCAAGUGCCCCCGAGACUCUGUGUCAUGUUGGCAAUAAAGAAAAGGUUUGCGGC